AUGGACAGGUUCGCCUGGACCAGCGGGUUGCUGGAGCUGGGGGAGACGCUGGUGGUCCAGCAGCGCGGCGUGCGCCUCUGCGACGGGGAGGAGAAGGUGAAAUUUGAUAGUGGAGUAUUACUACUUAGCACACACAGACUAAUCUGGAGGGAUCAGAAGAAUCAUGAGUGCUGCAUUGCUAUACCUCUGUCUCAGAUUGUCUUUAUUGAAGAGCAAGCAGCUGGGAUAGGAAAAAGUGCCAAAAUAGUAGUUCAUCUUCAUCCUGCUUCUUCAAACAAAGAGCCUGGUCCAUUCCAAAGCAGCAAAUAUUCCUACAUCAAACUUUCUUUCAAAGAACAUGGGCAGAUUGAGUUCUAUAGACGAUUAUCAGAAGAAAUCACACAAAGGAGAUGGGAGAACAUGCCUACUGGUCAGACCAUUCAAGUUAACAAGAAUCCUCAGGCAGGAAGAAUAAGGGCUGUAGGAAUUGUAGGGAUCGAAAGGAAAUUAGAGGAAAAAAGAAAAGAGACUGACAAAAACAUUUCCGAGGCUUUUGAGGAUCUUAGCAAACUAAUGGAGAAGGCUAAGGAAAUGGUGGAGUUAUCCAAGUCAAUAGCUAAUAAGAUUAAAGAAAAACAAGGUGACAUCACUGAGGAUGAGACUAUUAGGUUCAAGUCCUAUCUACUGAGUAUGGGUAUAGCUAAUCCAGUUACUAGGGAGACAUACGGAUCUGGUACACAUUACCACAUGCAACUGGCAAAGCAACUAGCCGGAAUGCUGCAGACACCAUUAGAGGAGCGAGGAGGGAUCAUGUCACUUACAGAAGUGUACUGUCUGGUAAAUCGUGCACGAGGAUUAGAGUUGCUGUCACCAGAAGAUUUAGUAAAUGCUUGUAAGAUGCUGGAGUCACUGAAAUUACCACUGAGGCUUCGGAUAUUUGACAGUGGUGUGAUGGUGAUUGAACUCCAGUCUCAUAACGAAGAGGAAAUGGUAGCUUCUGCUUUAGAGACAGUAUCUGAAAAGGGUUCUCUCACAGCUGACGAGUUUGCUAAGCUGGUGGGGAUGUCUGUUCUCUUAGCCAAAGAAAGGCUGCUUCUUGCUGAAAAGAUGGGCCAUCUUUGCAGAGAUGAUUCAGUGGAAGGCUUGAGAUUCUAUCCAAAUUUAUUUCUGACGCAAAGCUAAUGUAGUUUGUGUACAAUUUGUUAUGUAACAGUUGAACAAGAGAGCAGAGGGCAGAACCCUUCCAACAACUGACUUUAAAAUUUUUAUUUUGUUAGUGAACUGCAACAGUGAUGAACAUUGCAAUGCUUUACAGUUCUCAGGUAUUUCAAGUGCUGAAUCUUCUUACGUGGAACUGAAAGGAAAUAGGAAUCACUAAGUCAGAAGCAUGUUAAUUGUCUCAAGCUGGCUAGCUCAUGUUUCAGGUUUUAUUUGAUGUGCUCUGUAGUUUCUCAUUUCAAGAGAAGUCAGAUGAAGAUUCCACACAAGUGAAAGUGGAAAGAAUAUCCUUGUAGUCUGCCAUGAGGGUCGGCACCCAGAAGACAGGUUACUGCAUACUCCAAUUUCAGUUUGUUUAUGUCUAGAGCAACAAAGCAGACAGAUGUAUCCGUAGUGAUAAGAAAAGUGACUUCGGUGUGUACUGAGGUAUAAGGAAGAAACCAGUGUAGAAUAACCCCUUCUCCCUGAAGUGAUGAACAGUUUUCUAAGAGAGGAUCUUGGGGUUCUUGUACUUUGAGACAGAAAGAACCUGCUGCAGGAGAGAUUAACAUAUGUUAUGUGAAUCUAGAAAACACGGUGUUUAUUUUGUCAUGUCUUAUGCUAAUAUCUCAGAUAGAAGUAUUGUUAGCACAGACUUCUCUUUCCCUGCCAUCUUCCUGCCUCAUUAUGUCGCGCUUUGGGUGCCCUUUCUCUGUCCUCUUUUUACAUAGCGGAGUGUAGUAGCCUCCUGUCACUCUACCAGACUCUCUGCUUUAAUGUGCUUGGUUUUUAUCUUGUACUUCUAAUGAAAGAUCAUUUGUUUGUUUCAUCAGCCUAUUAUCUGUUUUGGAGAGACAGUUUGUUUGCUUAUAUCUCGUAUGCGAAAAUUAAUAUGCUUUCAAUAUUGAAGGGAGGAAGAAGACUAUCACCCUGUGUUUAAUAGUCACGAGGUAUCAUAUUGUUUGGUAUUCCUCACCCUGUGUUCACACUGAAUGCAAUUUGAUAGUCUCAGUUUUCAUAACUCCAGUGGAGUUGUUACAUUACUUGAAGAUCUGUUGUCAUGGUAAUAACGGUAAGUGGAUGUUUACGAUCCACGUCACUUAAAUUUUUGGCGUUUUGAAGUGACCAGUUUUAAUAAAUAACAAAAUUCAUUCAAGGUAUAGGCAAGGACAACAUAUAGGUAACUGCAUUGUGGUUGUAAUGGCCAAAUCGACAUUACAAAAAAGGAGAAAAAGGCUUUUAAGAGCCUGAAAAUAUUUUCAGAACUGUUUCAGUGUUACUAUAGCUUAGACAAGGGUUAAAAGCCUGCCAGUAAGGAGUUCGGUGCAGAGAUCCCUACAGCGAUGAUGCUUUUGGUUUGUAGGAUGCUUAUUUAGAUCCAGGCAAUUGUGUCCUCUCCUUGUCACAAGCAAACUUUUAUGCAGUGCUUUCUUUAGGGCAGUUUCCCUCUGUUUCAUGAAGGUGCUAAAACUAAUAUAUUUGACACAGCUGAAAGAACCGGUUCCAUGCUAUUCUUACUGUGUUAAGCAUCUAGCAUCAUCUCUUCAGGAGCCUUAAGGCUUGCUGCUUUUCUUCAUCCUCCCCACAACCCACAGAAGACAUCCAUGUGAGGUACACCAAGCAUCACGCAUCUAAGGAGGGACUGAAAAGUGAGAAAUUCAGAAGCAAAAAGCUGGUUUGUCACAACUGUUUCUUUUGCCCGAUAUCCAAACCGGUCAAGGGAGACCAGUGGUUUAUGGGCCUGAACCUCUCCCCACAAGGGGGCAUGUCUUCUGCAGAAGGAACAAAACCAGAAAUGAAAUGCCAAGUGUAAACUCCCAGACUCCAACCCUGAGCAUUUCAUUCUCUUAAUUAAGCAAUAACAGGACAGCCUAUUUAGGAUGAUGGUACCUUCUCGAGCUCUUCUUUCGCAAGAUUUUUCCUUGAUUUUUUUUUUUUCCUACGGGGAAGAAAUCUAUAGGGUAAAUUGUAUAGCUGGUUUAGAAUUUAAACAUGCACAUGAGAAAAUGACUACUAGAAAGUAAUAAAAAUUAAAAAAAUUUCUUAAA